CAGACUCAGCUGAAGAUGAGCAAAUACUAUAGUGAGGGUUCCAGCAGAGGAAUCAAAAAAUCCAGCUCUUAACGAUGUGCAGCACUUGGGCUAGGCUGACAUCCCAGGAGUUAUUCCCUGGUACCAUGGAGCUGGAGCAGUGUUGGACAGUCAGUUUAUCUUUCAUAAUUUUCUUUUUUGAUAAGCUCUCUUCAGCUAAAGCACUUACCCUGGGAGGUCAGAGUUUGAAUGUUACAGCUAUGAAUUUUUUUAUAAAUGUACAUAAAUUCUUCAGUUCAGGUGCUUCAACUAGUUUUCAGGAAGGCUGGCAGCAGUUUAAUUUGCUAUGGCUACAGCAAGUUUAAUUUUUUUUUAUUUUUUUUUUUUAGUAUGCUGCACUGGUUCUAGUUCUGUUUAAGUUACUGCAGCUGGUGUUCAGAUUGUAGCCUAUUUUUGAACCUGGAGGGGGCAGUUUUGUUAAUCCCAGUAUUUUGAAUGCCAUUGUGUAAUAUUUGCAGCCACCUGUAGAUGGUGAUGCAUUCCAUGCCUGGGCUGCACCCCCCUUCCCAUCCACUGGUACCAGGGAAUUUCCAGGCUGGAUGAAUUGCAUUUAUUAUCCCUCUUAUUUUUAUUUUUCUGAGCAUAUGGGAUACCCUUGAAAUCCUUUCCAUUUCCAAAGCAUCCUGGCCUUGUCUCAGUUAGGAUAAGUUGUGGAUGACCUUGUCCUGCUGCUCAGUAAUUGUGGAGGCCUCAGUUUCUUACAGUAAGCCAGCAAUGGGUACAGCUUAAGAUAAAAUGCAAGUUUUAUGGGGUUUAUCCACUUUUUAUCUUCCUCCCACGGCCAAGUGUGUGUGAGUAUACAUUAACAAAAUGAAAGCCAGGGACUGCAUGGGAUUCCAGGAUCCCCUGCCAGAGCACAGUCAGCCCUAAGGAAGCAGUUCUGCUUCCCUGUACAAGAAGGGGUUUACCAAUGGUUGGAGAAACUGGCAGGAGGAAGCUGGAUGUUGGUGAUGAGCUUGGUGGUGGCCGUGAGUUGUACCUGUCCCAGAGCUCUGAUCUAAUUCCUGAACAGAACUUGGAGCCCAGCAGGAACAAACAGCCCAGUGUAGCUCCUUGUGCUGCCGGGCUGACUCACCCACUGCCUCCUGCUCCCUCGUUUAUGCCCGUUAUUUUGGUAUCCCCUUGGAAAUGACUCUAAUGAACAACUACCGCUGUGCCUUGCGUCUGUGGCAGCAAAACUUCGGCUGAGCCCUUGGGCUACUUAAAAACCAGAUUAUUUGCCUUCCUCAGCCACUUAUUUGCCGGUGCUGCAGCUCUGUGGGAGCAGCCUGAGUUGGACUCGAUGAUCCUUGUGGGGUCCCUUCCAACUCGGAAUAUUCUGUGCAAUCAGAAACAGAUACUCUGUGAAACCAGGCUGGUAGCGGUGCCCGGGAGGUUCCCUGGGCAUCUCUCAAGCUCCCGCCCCUCCCGGCCAGGGUUGGCCGGAGCUGAGGAGGGGCCGGAGUCCAACCCUGGCGCGGAGCAGGGACCGGAGGGUGCCAGUGGCUCCGGCCGGGGCCGGGUUUUGGGGUGUCCCGGUGGCUGUGCCCGGGCGGGUUUUGGGGUGUCCUGGUGCCGAGUUUUGGGGUGUCCCGGUGGCUGUGCCCGGGCGAGUUUUGGGGUGUCCUGGUGCCGGGUUUUGGGGUGUCCCGGUGGCUGUGCCCGGGCGGGUUUUGGGGUGCUGGCGGUGCUGACCCCGCCCCGCCGCGUUUGGGCAGCGCCGCCCAUCGCGGACGGGAAGUGAGGUCACGGCUGGAGGGAGGCCGGGAGCCCGCGGGCAGAUCCCGCAGAGCCAGGCAGGGUCAGCUCCCAUCCCACGGGAUCCCCGAGCCAUGGCCGUGGGCCAGGACGGGCCCCCGGCUGGGCUGGGGCUGAGCUGCUGCGUCCUGGUGGUGCUGCUGCUGCUGGGGGGCUCGGGCAGCCCGGGGACACCGCCACCGCCACGGGCGACGUGGGCAGAGCGGCAGGGACACGGUGGGGAGGGGGCUCCGCGGGGCAGGGCGAGCUUCGAGGGGUACGAGGCUGUGAAGAAGCACUUGGGAGCCGUGGGUGCCCUCUCCAAGCAGUACUGGCAGUACCUGGCGUGCAAGGUGUGGAAGGAGGGCUGCGAGGAGGAGAAGGAGGAACAAAAAGAGCCCAGUCCCAGCCCAGGCUGGAGCUUACCUCUGGUGGGCCAGGAUUACCUGGAGAUCCUCUCUGCCUGGUACUGCACCUUUGGCAAGUGCUGCGAGACAGGAGACUGCAGGAUAGUCAACAACAUCACAGGGCUAGAGGCAGACCUCAGUGAGCAGCUCCACGGGCAGCACUUGGCCAAAGAAGUGGUUGUUCGGGCAGUGCAGGGAUUCCUGCAGAGCCCACAGCCUGAGAAGGCGCUGGUCCUGUCCUUCCAUGGCUGGUCUGGCACUGGGAAGAACUUUGUGGCCCGGAUGGUGGCCAGUCACCUGUACCGGGAUGGGCUGAGGAGCGACUGCGUCAGGGUGUUCAUCUCCCUCCUCCACUUCCCCCACCACAAGUACCUGGACUCCUACAAGGCCCAGCUGCAGAGGCAGCUCAGCGAGACCCUGCAGCUCUGCAGGCAGUCCCUCUUCAUCUUCGACGAGGCCGAGAAGCUGCAUUCCAGCCUCCUGGAUGCCAUCAGGCCCUUCAUGGCUCCCUACGGACACGAGGGCCAGGCAGACCAACAGAGAGCCAUCUUCCUCUUCCUCAGCAAUCUCGGUGGAAACACCAUCAAUGAGGUCGCCCUGGACUUCUGGCGAGCCGGCCGGGCCCGGGAGGAGAUCUCCAUGGAGUUCCUGGAGCAGCGGCUGCGGCUGGAGCUGCAGGAGCCUGCAGAGAACAGUUAUGCCCACAGCCACCUCCUCAGAGAGAACCUCAUUGACUUCCUGGUGCCAUUCCUGCCCCUGGAGUUCCACCACGUGAAGCUCUGCGCGCGGGACGCCUUCCUGGCCCGGGGACUUCCCUACUCCGAGGCCACCCUGGACGAGGUGGCCAGGAUGAUGGUGUUUGUCCCCAAAGAGGAGAAGCUCUUCUCUGCACAGGGCUGCAAAUCUGUGCCCCAGCGCAUCAAUUACUUUCUUCCUUGAACACCAGGUGGGACUACAUAUGUGGUGGAGGUGGUUCUGCACUCUGGGAGCUGCUCCCCUUGCACAAGGUUGGGCACACAGGUGACCCAGCCAGGCACUUGCAUGGGGACAGAGACUCAAUCCCUCCUUACUCCAAGGGCUGUUGCAGGGAAGGAGUUGCAUCCCACCCAGCUUUACUCCUGGGACGUGGGGACAGCCUGUGCUUGGCUGUGUUUGGAGUCUGUCUGGUGUUUUAAGUCUCUUUUAGGUGGCAGUGGCCUGAAGGGGAGAUUGGGUUGUGCUGACAAAUGCUGUUUCAUGUGAGUGGAGACUGGGAAUAUCCAAGUUCUUGGUUUGCUGCCAUGUGGUGAAGGCAGGCCUGGGACAGGCUGGUCCUGUUCAGACAGUGCAGCAGAAGCCACGUCCUCGUCCCUGUCCCCAGUUCUGUCACUUCACAAGAUCACACAGAACUGUUUUGCUGGAAUUAAAUUUUUCCCUCUGUUGCUCUCGUGCCUUCCCAAGGUGUUUGCUGCUCAGGGACACGCAGACCAGGAUCAUGUUUGUGCAUGGAGAAGAGGACUGAAUAAUCUCCUCUGGAGAUGCCAAAUCCAUAACUUCUCACCUCGGAGUGUCCAUCUCUCAUUGGAGUCUUCUGUUGUACGGAAGCAGUGCAGGGAUGAGGGGAACUUCUGCUGCAAUCAUUUUCUAAGCAGUUUGGUGAAGGGCCCUUUUGCUUUACUGCAAAAUGAAAAAGGGGAGAGAAUUCCUCUGCCAGGGGAAAAGGACCGGGUGAGCAGGAUGGGGGCUGAAGGAACAGGCUGUAGGUGAAUCCGUGAUUUCACGGAUGCAGGAAGCUUGGGUUUUUUCCUUUGUUCUUCAUUUUUCUCUUAUGUUUCAUGCUGUGUUUUUUUGGCUGGUAUCAGCAUUAUUAUUACCAUUACAAGGGCCUGUUUGCUGUCUGGGUACUCGCCAGGUGAUAAGUGUGUUACAGCAGCUCCAAAAAAUUUCAACAGUGUUACAGGAAUCACUUUGUGACCUCUGGGUCAAAACUCCCUUCCAACAGAGCUGUGCUGGCAGUGAGUGAAGCAGCACAUGCUUGGCUUCCCAGUCACUCCCACGGGGGACCUUUGGUCUGUUUUAAGCUUUGACCUGCUUUGUGGUGCCAGUGAAUGAGCAGCACGACCUCUGGGAAAAGAUUGACCAGACUCACUUACGAGUCCUGCAGACUUUGAGUCCGUGUUUCCCUCUGGGCACGCUGGCUCCGUUAUCUUAGGAGGCUUCAUAGUCCAAGGCAGGAGGAUGAGCCAGCUGCUUUCCUACUUGGCUUAAACUUAGCUCUUGUCUGGAGUGGACCUUAGGGUUGUUGCCUGUGUGUGUGAUCAGGCAUUUCUGACACUUGGUUUAUGGUUAAUCUCUUAAUCACAGGUGUCAAAAAUCUGGGAAACAUCAGAAUCCUGGAAUGGCACUUUGAGAAGGGAGGAUGCUGUCCCACAGGACACAACUUGGGUUGUGUUUUAUCACCUGAGCAGAAAGUUUAGCAGGUUGUUAGUUGAAGGUUAGUUGCUCAGAAGGUUGAGUAAAGCCAGGAUAACCUGGGAUUCUUUUUUAAAUAUAAAAAAGCCUCCAGCUGUCUGGGUUAGGCUGACACUGCCUGGGGUGGCAGGAAGUCAGAGUGAAUGUCUCACUGGUGUGAGGUUGGCAUGUUGAGCAGCUCUUGCUGUGGUGAUGGUGUCACUAACGAGGGUGAUGCAAGACCUGUCUGCCGGUCAUGUGUGCGUGUCACAGUUGAGGGAGCUUUGAUUACACAACCCCAACAGCCAGAGCCGUUCUCUGACCAUGCCGUGGCAAUGCUGUGUGGUUUCAAUGACAUAAAUAAAGAUACUGUGGGUUUUUUU